AUGAAAAAAUUAUGGUUACUACCAGUGCUUCAUGUAACUUUUGCAUGUUUAGCAUUUUUUUCAGGAUAUAUUAUAAUUGUAGCAAAAAAUCUUGUCAGUCCAUUAUUACCAUAUAUUAGUGAUGGUGGAGCUUAUCCACCAGAAAGUGGAGUUUUUGGACAAUUUCUUAAUAUAGCAGCUGCAAUUUUAGGAAUAGUUGUCUAUGUACGUUAUCAACAAUUAGAAAUAUUUUAUAACUACAAUAAAACUGAAGAUUUAUGGAAAAAAUUUAAUAUUACAUUACUUAUUAUAGGAUGGUUAUCAUCGUUUGGUAUGUCGAUUGUUGCAAAUUUUCAAGAAUAUUCUGUACCUAUGAUGCAUAUUAUUGGUGCAAUGUUAAGUUUUUUUGGUGGUAUUUUGUAUGUUUGGGGACACAUUUUUUUAACAAUUAAAAAAAAACCAAAAUUAACACCUAAAUGGUUAUUCAUUUUAAGAAUAAUAUUAGGUAUAUUAUCUUUAAUAUUUCUUAUAUUUCAUCUAAUUACUCAAUGGACUUUUGUAUUUGUUGAGAAAGAUAGUAAUGGAUUAUAUCCAACAUUACCAUCUUUUGACAAAUUUGAAGAAUAUCCUAAAGAUUCUCCAUUUUAUGCACGACAUUUAGUAACUACAUUCUCAGAAUGGAUACUUGUAUUAUCAUUAGAAGCUCAUUUUUUUUCCUAUUCAUUUGAAUUAAAAGAUUUUAUGGCAAAUAUAAUUACAGUUGAAUAUAGAGGAAUAACUACUAAUACUAAUGAUCGUUUUGAUAUAAGGACAAACAAAAUAAUCAGAAGACAAUCAGAUAUUUUUAUUUCAAAUGUAUUAGAAAGUUUUUAA